UUGCAGAACAGCAGCCAGGAUGGGGGAAGCAGGGAUGGUGUGAGCCUCAGGAGAGCCUUCCUGCACGAUUCAACUGUGCAGUAGCACCCCAGGAUCCAGCGGUAGGUCACUGAGGUGUUGGGGUUCACCAUCUUGCCGGGAUGUGCAACAAUGCUGAGUCAACAAACCAUUGGUCUACAGCGAUGGACAAAAGGCAGAGCAAUGGUAGUGCAACUGCCAACUCCAGUCAGCAAGGUAGAGAGGUCCUUGAGCGGCAUCUAUACAGGAAGCCUGGGGUCUGACAUGUCCUGCCUCAGCUCAGCCCCUGAUAGAGCUUCGGGCUAGGCAAUUCUAUGUGGGUGCCCAGUGGUCAGUCCUGUGAUUAACUGUCCUGUCCACCCAUGGCCCUCAAUGUCAUAGCCCAGCCUGCCCCAUGCUAUCCCUCAGACUAGCCAUCAAGUCAGAAGGUUAACACUUUAAUUCCAGGAAGGGUGACCCAGGAUCAUUUUGUCUGAAUUAAUACUUGCCUUAGCAGAAAACAAAAUUUUAUGAACACCCAGACUUUGAAUGAAGCAGAGUAUGUUUAAUAAUACCAGAUGAUGCUGUUAAUUUUUUAAUCCUCUAAUUUUUAUUGUGGCCAAACACAUGUACCAUAAAUUUGUCUGGCCUUGAUGACCAUUAAGUACACAUUUCAGUGGCUCAGUGGCAGUAAGUGUGAUGUUCUGUGGUACUAAGGUAAUCCACCAUUGGGCAGGCUCUAUAUCUGAUUUAAUAAGAAUUAACAAUGAUAACAGUAACAGUUUUGUUCUGUGGGGCUUGCUCUGGUGCACACAAGCCAGACGUUUUGGGAGAUUCCUUGGCUACACAGAGAAGGAUAUCGAGCUCUUGUACCCCUAUAAGGAGAAGGUUUUCUACACCAUCAUGAGGGAGAGUGGCUACUUACACAUCCAAGCCACCAAGCCAGACACUGUGGGCUGUGCUCUCAAUGACUCUCCUGUAGGCCUGGCUGCCUAUAUCUUAGAGAAGUUCUCCACCUGGACCAAGUCAGAGUACCUGGGUGACCCUCCCUGGCAGAGAAGGUCCCUGAUGAAUGAAAAGAGGGACUAUAACAGAGGGUAAUGGAAGCCCUGUCCUUAUGGCUCCAUCUGAACUAACUGAGUCCUCCCCAGGCCCUCAGAGUCCUCUCUGGAAACAGAGGAACACAGGGCCUCAGCCUCACCUCAUCCCUC